UACUUACUGACUUACUACGCCUCACAUCGAAGCAAAUAAAUUAAUCGUUAAAAGGAGAGCUGGUCUAAUGGAAACUGAACAGUCGUCACACUCAGCAAGGUAGCCCAGCUUCAUAAAUAUAAAGGAACAGCCUUGUCUUUGUUUUGCGGUUCCAUCGAAUCAUUUCGCACAAAGAAAGAUGCUUUCCAUCGUUGUAGUGGCAGCUUCGUUGCUCACCCUAUGUAAGUUAAUUUAAUAAUAAGAGGUUUUGUACCUUUCUGAACUAGCUACAGUGUUGGAUCGGUGAAGCAAAGUGUCGAAAGAAUGGCACGCGCUAUUUGUUUGUGGAAUGAUUUUAUUUUCGUAAACUGUUUUAUUUUCCAUGAAUUCUAAAAAGUUAGAUAAAAAGAGACAACUAUGUAAUACAUCCUUAUUUUUUAGCCUUUCAAUUCUUUGUUAAUAAAACCCAUCGAUAUAAGUCAAAAAUAUUUUAAAACAUUUCAUUUAAAAGGAUUAACGUCAUGCAAUAACUAAAUGUGUUUAAAAUUAUUUAAUCUUAUUAUUUUUAAUGUAAAUAAUCAUAAAAUAAUAAUACGUUAGUAUUGGGUGGCCAGUUGAUUUAAAAAAAAAAAAAAAAAAUACUAAAAAAAAAAAAAAAACAAAAAAAAACAAAACAAAAAAAAAAAAAAAAAACAGAAAAAAUGGGGGGUGUGGGGGGGGGGGGGGGGGGGGCAAUAAAAUCAUUUAUGUAUAUAAAGUGAUUUCUCUUUUAUUAAAAAAAAACCAAAAACAAAACAAAUACGUCAAUCACGCACUGUUCGAUUCUUGUACAAUCCAAUACUAGCGAUGUUGUUUUAAAUAAAAAUACGCAUAUGCCAUGUGAUAGACAUUUAAACAAUUUCCGUUUCAAGCACGUUUUUCCCAUAUACUUUGUUGUUGUUGACAUUACAUUUCUAAAUCGUAUUAUUAACUUUUCGUUGUAUUUAAAUUUAAAAAAAAAUAAAUAAAUAUUUAAAUGUUUUGAAUUAUAAAAAAAAAAUCCCAUUAGCGUAUUUGGACCAAACAUUUCCAGUUGAAGAACAUAUUAAUUGGAAAUUAUUUAUUUCGUUAUUACCUGCAGUUUGUGUUUUUUUCCUUCGUCAAAACUAAAAAAAAAUUCAGUUCAUUUUUAGGUUGCUUUGUUUUUGUGAGAAACAUGUCACAUUUCAAAAAUCAACAUUUUAUUUCGUUGCCCUGAACAUUUUUUUCUUCUCUAUGUUUGCUAACCACACCAAGUGUGUUCGUCACUGCAUUCUUUUCAAAAUGGUUAUUAUCUCCCAUAGGUUCUUGUCAGCUCGAGAAAUGCCCGUCAGCCAUAACACGUGACCAGUACCUUCAGGUGCACGGCGAUUCUUGCUUCAUGUUCUCCAUCUACCGCCUGAGAACUCACACGGAGGCCAAGGCCGAGUGCGCCACCAACAAGGGGACGUUAGCUUUGGUCAAAUCCCAGGAGCUCCAGGACUACCUCUACGACCAGCUCCUCCACACCUACAAAAGCCCACUGGGUAAGGCUUGGAUCGGACUGGACGACGUGGCAGUUGAAGACAAGUUUGUGUGGGAGGAUGGCACCAGCCUGGCGUAUCAGAACUUCGCUCCCGGGGAAGGCAUCGCCAACACAACGCAGGGAGCGCAUUCUGCACACCCCAACGAGGACUGUGUCCUGAUCGACGUCUCGGCUCAAGGCAAAUGGCGGGACUUUCCUUGCGACGCCAACCCCCUGUUCUUAUUUACAGCAGAAGAGAGACAUGCGUUUGUUUGCCAAUAUAAAAUCAACUAAAGGGAGCUUAUAAAGCCAUUUUGAAAUUUUGUAUUCAUCUCUUUGAAAUUUCUCACACAAUUUAUUAAUUAAAUAUCACUAGUUCGUAUUCAUGUAUUUAAUAUUGUGUUACAUGCAUAUAAAUAUAUGAAUUUGAAUAAAUAAAUAUAUACAUUUGUUUCC